GCUUUCCCAGUUGAGUUAAGCAUGAAUUUCACUCCGCACGCGCGAUGAGACUUUUUUGAGUGGAAUCGUGCCACCACAACUCACAUAAACGCGCCUCUUUUUUCCUUUUUCUUUUUCCCUAAAGUCCUAAUGCCCGCCGAAGAAAAGAACAAAGUAAUCUACAUCUCGCAUCCUUCUGGAUCGUCUGCUGAAAUUGCACUCUAUGGCGCAACGGUGACCAGCUGGAAAGUGGACGGUACUGAGCGACUUUUUGUAAGCAAGCAAGCUAUUCGUGAUGGCAGCAAGGCCAUUCGUGGUGGCAUUCCACUUGUGUUUCCUAUCUUUGGCACCAAGGAAAACAUCCAACUGCCCCAGCAUGGUUUUGCUCGCAACAGUUAUUGGGAGUAUGUGGGCCUCAUCAAUGACAAUGACGAUGUCUCUGUGCGCUUCACAUUGAAGGACACGCAACUGGAUCAAAAGCUACGAAAUGGCUGGCCCCAUUCGUUCCGCUUGACGUACACUGUCACGCUCACUGCAAAGUCGAUCAAGACUGUUCUCGGGCUCAAGAACGAGGACGAGGAUACAUUUGAGUUCAACACAUUGCUGCACACGUACUUCCAUGCUCCUAACAUUGCCGACGUGUCAGUGGAUGGAUUGAAGUCAUUGAGCUUCAUUGACAAGGUUGCCAAUGGAGCCAAGGACUCUGAGAGCAGAGAUCAAGUGACGGUAUCUGCAGAAGUGGAUCGUAUCUACUGUAAUGUACCCGACAAGCUCCAGGUGAACUUUGGCAAGGAUUCCAGCAUUGCGAUCGAAAAGACUGGCUUGAAGGAUACAGUGGUGUGGAACCCCUGGACGGACAAGGCGAAAGCAAUGGGCGACUUUGGCGACGAUGAGUACCACAACAUGGUUUGCGUCGAGGUCGGUUCAGUUGCCGACUGGGUGAAAUUGGGCGGUGGCCAGUCAUGGACUGGUGGCCAAACACUUACUGUCCUCUAGAGAGAGAGACACACACACACACACUUGCUCAAAGGAAGAAGAGACACAAUAAAAGUGGUGUGCUUCUUGCUUUCUUCUGCUUAUUGCUUUGCGUCUGUUCUGUGUGUGUUGAUGCGUGAUUGGAUAUUUUACUCUUGAUUAAAAGUACGAAUAUGCAGGCUAUACUCUCUUUUGCUGCUGCUUCAACAACCCCCAUCCCCCACCACCACCCCCCCUGAACGCACAUACUCUCUCUCUUUCUCUCUCAACCACACAUAAUGAAACGGCCUCUUUCUCUCUCUCUUUUCCUUCUUUUC